CAGCCCCGCCCUCUCGCCACCAGCCUUGGGCCCUGCCGCCUCUGUCAUGGCGGCCAAGCUGCUGGAGGACAAGCUGACCUGCUCCAUCUGCCUAAACCUCUAUCAGGUCCCGGUGACGCUACCUUGUGGCCACAACUUCUGCGCGGCUUGUAUCUGGAAAUCGUGGCGCUGCUGCGAGAAGGCCUGUCCCGAGUGCCGCGAGCCCUUCCCUGACGGCGCCAAGCCGCGCCGCAACGUCGCGCUCAGCGGGGUGCUGGAGGUGCUGAACCUGGCCCCGCCGGAGCUCGGCCCCGAACCCCGGGCCGCGGCGCUCUGCCCUCGUCACGGCCGGCCGCUCGAGCUCUUCUGCCGCACCCACGGCCGCUGUGUGUGCAGCGUGUGCACCGUGCACGAGUGCAGCCUCCACGAGCGGGCGCUGUUGGACGUGGAGCGCCAGGAGCGCGAGGCCCAGCUGAGAGCCAAGCUGGAGCUCAUCCAGCAGCAGACCACUCAGGCCAAGACCCAACUCCAAGAACUACAGCAGCAAAGGAGCCAGAUCCAGGACUCAGCCUGCAACCUGAGCUCAGUGGUCUCAGGCAAGUUCAGCCGCCUGCUGCAGGCCCUGGAGUUGCGUCGGAUCUCAGCACUCAGGGACAUUGAGGCAGGCAAGACACAAGUGCUGGCACCAGCCCUGGAGGUGGAGCAGCGGCUGCAGGGCCACCUGGAGGACCUGGCUCAAUAUGGUCAGAGGGUCCAGGAGCUCCUGGAGAAGGUGGAUGACCAGACCUUCUUCCAGGAACUGCAGCAACUCUCUGAGCCCCCAGAACCCUUUGGACCACUGACCCCCGUGCAAUGGGAUGAAGACCAACAGCUGGGCACCCUGAAGGAGUUGCUGAGCCUGCUGUGUGGCCUCCUCCUGAAAGAGGAGACCCCUCCCAAAGUCCCAGCCAAGACUGCUGACUUGGACCCUGUGGAAGCCCCAGAUCCCUUGGUACAGGUCCCGAGCAUGAUGUGUCCAGUGAGGAGGAAACUCUGGCAGAAUUAUCGAAAUCUGACUUUUGAUCCAGACAGUGCCAACCACCACUUCAGCCUCUCCUGUCAGGACCGCCGGGUGAAGCACUGUUGCCAGCCUCAAGGUCCAGCUCGGCCGGACAGCUUCGCACUCUGGCAGGUGCAAUGUGCCCAGAGCUUUCAGGGGGGGCACCACUACUGGGAGGUGCGUACCUCUGACCACUCAGUGACUCUGGGAGUUGCCUACCCAGAACUGGCCCGACAGAAGCGGGGAACCAUCACGGACAACAUUGGGCAGGAGUCCUGUUCCUGGGGACUCUGCAUCCAAGAGAACGGUGUCCUGGCCCGGCACAAUGGGGAUGCCCAGCACCUCCCCCCAGUUUCUGCACGGCUCCUGGGCAUGGACCUGGACCUGGACCAUGGGUCCCUCAGCUUCUACAGCCUGGAGCCACAGGCCCGGCUCCUGCACACCUUCCAUGCGCUCUUCAGCCGGCCCCUCUGCCCAGUCUUCUGGCUCCUGGAGGGGAGGACCCUCACCCUGUGCCAUCGGCCUAGAGCCCAGCUCCCUCCAGCACCACAGGCAACUUAGUGCUCCACUGAGGAAGCCAUGGGGCAGUGCUCUGGGCUGGGGACAGGUGUCACUGGGCCUGUGUGCCCAAGAGCUGCUCAGCCCCUGUGUGGUCAAAGGGAUCACAGUUCUCAAAGGAGUGACUCUUGGCCUCUAUUUUGUUUUGCUUUUGUUGUACCAGGGAUUGAACUCAGGACCUUUGACCUUUGCA